UUAAAGAUGCAUCUCAUUCUCCACUCUUCCUUCCCCUUCUCUUCUCUCUUUCUCACCAAGCAACAAACAAAGAAGAAAAUGAGCUUCUUCAUCCAAGACUCUGGCCUCAUCGUCACUCAACUUCUCUACCAAAUGGCUGUUUUCAUCACCCUCUUGAGAUGGAUCUUUGCUUGGAUCUUACGCUACCGAUCCAAAUCAAGAUCCUCCUCUGCUCCUUCCGUUUCUUCACAGGCCAUCAAAGAGAGCCUCUCCGUGACAACCUUCCACGACGCGACGGAGCGAUCUCCCGAACUGAUCAGCGACACUUGCGCGGUGUGUCUCGGUGAUCUUGAAGACGGAGAUGAGGUCAGGGAGCUAAGAAACUGUAGCCACGUGUUCCACCGCGAGUGUAUCGACAGGUGGCUGGACUACGAGUGCUGUGGCGGAGAUGGUAACGAGGGAGAGGAAGAUAACCACCGCACGUGUCCUCUCUGUAGGACUCCGCUUCUUGCUGCUGAUACGUCGUCGUUUGGGGGUUGGCCGGCCAAGACAGAACCUAGCUGGGCCGUUGAGCGGCUUCUCUACCUCUUUGGAGACGAUCUUCUCGUUUGACUUUUAUUUUUAUUUUCAAAGUUUUAUUUGAUUUUUAGACGAUCAACUGAAAUUACGUUGGUUAAUUUUGUAAAUUGUGAAAUUAAAGGAUAGAAUAGGAAAUAUGAUAAUGAUAUCAGAAUUCUAAA